CUACCUACCUGCCUGGUUUCUGCUUGCCAAAAACAAACUACAUUAAACUGUUAUACGAACGAAGGUCCUCAAACAAAAGCAAUGCAUCUUCACCUGAUCCGUUCAUUGCUGGAGCACGAUGACAGUGAUAUAUAAUCACCCUGGCAGUUCUCUGCAUGCUCUUGGAACAGCUCUAUAGAUCGUGCUGUUUCCAACAGUGUACGGUCCACUGAAAAAAAAAAACAUUCAAAUGCACUUAAAGUUUAGCCAUUGGCCACAGAUUAGAUCUCUCUAAGCCCCUCCCUUCUGAAACUGUCUGCUCCAUAUAUAACCAGUCAUCUGUCUAUGCUCUGUGUUGAACAUAGCAGGAGACACCACAUGGUUGUACAUUUGUAAUUGUGAGCCUCUCCAGAACUGAGCUGCUGUGUGUGGGGGGUCCCAGAUGCCAUGGAGGAAUCUGCUCUGUCCUUUUGGAUGUACUUGGGGGUGAUGUCUGUUUUCUUUGGGUGGACUGUGAAGAGGAUCCUGGCCUCUGAAAGGAGCUCCGCUCCAACCCUGCUUGUGUAUUCCGCUCUGUUUCUCCUCAUGGAGAGCCUCUGCUCCUUCUGCCUGCCAACUUGUGUGGGACUUGGUGUUUUCUGUGCCGCAUGCUGGCUCAUCAUGGGCACUGUUGCUGCAGCAAAGCCUCUGCCUGUGGAAGGCAAGGCAGUUUUCAUAACAGGGUGUGACAGCGGGUUCGGGAAGGCUGCAGUCAUGUUCUUGGACUCGUUGGGGUUCCAGGUGUUUGCCAGUGUGCUGGACCUGGAGGGGGCCGGAGCCCAGGAGCUGCAGAAGACUUGCUCUGCAAGGCUGACAUUGAUCCAUAUGGAUAUAACAAAGCCUGAGCAAGUGCAGGAGGCGCUUCGUAUCACCAAGGCAAAGCUCGGGGUGAAAGGACUCUGGGGUCUAGUGAACAAUGCUGGGGUAUGUGUCAACUUCGGGGAUGCUGAGCUCUCCCUAAUGUCCAACUACAGAGGCUGCAUGGAAGUGAACUUCUUUGGUACAUUGGAGGUCACAAAGACCUUUCUACCACUGGUGCGCCAAUCACAAGGACGGCUCGUUACAAUCUCCAGCCCAUCAGGGGAGCAGCCCUUUCCUUGUCUGGCGGCUUAUGGGGCUUCAAAAGCUGCAUUGAACCUCUUCAUCAACACUCUGAGGCAUGAACUCAAGCUGUGGGAUGUGAAAGUCUCCAUUAUACUUCCUUCGUCUUACAAAACAGGUCAGUCAAGAAAUGUUGAAUACUGGGAGGAGCAGUAUAAGCAUUUGAUUGAGAACCUGUCACUGAGCCUCAUGGAGGAGUACGGAGAGGAAUACCUGCUGGAGACCAAGCAGCUCUUCUUCCAGUUUGCAGAAACAGCCACUGAAGACUUGAGCCCUGUCACCAAUAGCAUUGCAGAGGCUCUGCUGUCCAGACAGCCCAAAGUCAGGUACUAUGCAGGCCAGGGGGUCGGACUAAUGUACUUCAUUCACUGCUACCUGCCUGUAUCCAUCAGCGAUCGCUUCCUCCAGAAACUCUUCAUGAAAAAGAGUGUUCUACCCAGAGCUUUGCAGAAGCACAACAACAACAACAACAAAAAAUAAGAAUCAUUCAGCACGACCAUAUACAUUUUUGCGUUUUUUUUCUUUUUUAUUCUUUUGAAGGAAUCAUUAAAUUUAUGCCUACAGUUCUGAAAUGAAACCAACUGAUGGAAUAUGUGUGUUGUGAAAUAACAGGCGACGUUCGGAAGGUAAAAGAGAUGGCCAAGCGCAUUGGCAUUUAUGUGACUAGAUAACUAGAUGUUGCUAUACUUUUUUUUCCUUAAACAAGGGAUGGAAGUAUUUCAUGGGCGUUCUGCUGGAAGCAUCUGUACAAAGGACUUGCCAGCCGGUAUGGCACACACCAAGAUACAACGGAGCAUCUACUGCAUUGUCUUUCCUCAACGAUGCACCUCAAGCACAUACCUCAGCUCUACUACUCAUUGAAUGGUCUACAACCACAAGCGAUAUUCCUAGGAAUGCAGUGAAAAACUUCAUUUACACUGGGUCUCACUUUUAUACAUGGUGGACAGUGUUAGAGCCCCUGGCUCUAAGAAAUAUCUGGAUUUUCACUUAUUUAAAAGUUGUUGUUUUAUAUCUCUCUCACUGAAGAUUCUCAUUUAUGAGCGUUUUCUUCAUGAAUCAGUGCAACUGUGAAUUUUUUAAUUUUUGUAUGGUAAAUUGCAUACCCGUUCUUUCAUUGUUAAUAUUAAAGUGUACUUUUUAAACACAAUAGAUGGUCAUUGCAAUGUCAA